UACCUGGCUUGAGAGCAGUACAUGUGAAAAGGAUCUAGGAGUCUUGGUAGACCACAAACUUGACAUGAGUCAACAGUGUGAUGCAGCAGCUAAAAAAGCCAAUGCAAUUCUGGGCUGCAUCAAUAGGAGUAUAGCAUCUAGAUCAAGGGAAGUAACAGAUUAGACAACUGGGCCAAAGCAAACAAGAUGAAUUUUAACAAGGAGAAAUGUAAAGUACUACACUUGGGCAAAAAAAAAAAUGAAAGGCACAAAUACAGGAUGGGUGAUACCUGGCUUGAGAGCAGUACAUGUGAAAAGGAUCUAGGAGUCCUGGUAGACCACAAACUUGACAUGAGUCAGCAGUGUGAUGCAGCAGCUAAAAAAGCCAAUGCAAUUCUGGGCUGCAUCAAUAGGAGUAUAGCGUCUAGAUCAAGGGAAGUAAUAGUACCACAGUUCUGGGCACCACAGUUCAAGAAUGGGUGAUGCAGGAAGUCUUUUAGUUUGCAUAAUGACAUAUGUUUCUAUCCUAUCUGUUGGUCUCCCAGUGCAGUGAUUCCACCCAUCUUUUAGGGGCCAGUGGUGGUAAGGGUUUGCAUAAUGACAUAUGUCAUUAUACAUGUGCUUAGGGGGUAAGGGUUUCUUUAACUAAUCUAGUGGAAGAGACUCGAGUGCUGAAAUCCACGGGUUAGGGGGCGCAAAUUACUUGCCUUGCCCCGGGUGCUGACAACCCACGCUACGCCACUGGAAUGGAGGGAAACAUUUCAGAGAUACAGUGUCCAAGAAUCGGGACAAAAAUGCAUACAGUUUAUAACCCAAGCGUAACAAGUUUUCCUUGAGGUUCAGAGUUUUAUUUAUUUGCAGAUCCAUACGUUUGUAUCCCCUUUCAGGCAAGAUUUGACAGCUCAACGCUUUACCCUACUGUUCUUCAGCGGGAGUGUUAUCAGUUGUUAAUGAGGCAUGCAGCGAUCAAAUUAGGAGUUCUAUUGGCGGUUUAAUGAGGCGUGCAGAGGGUUCCAUUUGGCUGAGGUGGCUCUGCAAGGCUACAAGGAAGUGAAUAAGGAAAAUGGGGGGGCUGUAGCUUUGAUAGGCACACUGAUUUUUCAAAAAGCAGUGGUGUUCCCGUCCACCCCUCUCCUGCCUCUCUGUAAAGCAAGCAUAGAACGAGCCACUUACACGACUCCUGUACCAGCGUCUCCUCCUCCUCCUCUUGCUCAAAUGUGACCUCUCCCUCCCUCUUCCAACUUGAAUAAAAUAUUGGGGGGGGCAGUUAAGCCCCACCUCACAUACUAUGUCCGCCUUUCUCAACUUCUGGGUCCCCCGAUGUUGUUGAAAUACAACUCCCAUUGCCCCUACCUAGCAAUAUUUUAUUCUUAUUCUCCUCCUCUAAAAACUAGGAGCAUCUUAUGGUCAGGUGUGUCUUAUGGAGCGAAAAAUACGGUAUGUGUAGAUGAUGAAAAGAAAUUAUAUACAUUUUUUUAACAAUUCCAAAAAAGUUCAUUGCAUCUAGGCAACAGUUAAAUGCUGCGGCAACAUCUCCUGUUUCCCAAAAGGACAGGAGGGGAAGGUCUCCUCCACGUUUAACUCACCCCACUCAAACCACAUGGAAGGCAGAGGUCUUGUUCAUUCACAAUCCCAGUAAACCAUGUGUGUAUCUGAAGUGAACCAGGCGCUGCAGCUCCUCCCACUCUCACUGGGCUGCUGCAAGAAAAGGCAGCGGAAGAGUAAGCGGAUGGGUUUGAAGGCUCUUUCUGCCUCCCUGGUUGCAGGGCAGGAGGACAGAGGAGGAGACAGUGAGGGCAGAAGAAGCAGUGGGCGGAUCCACCACCUCUCCCAGGAGGACCAGAUGCAAACAAUGGGCUUUCUUCUCCAUUCAAGGGCCACUCCUGUAUUGAGAGCACUCCUUUCUAAGUCUAAAGUUCCAUGGGAUCUACUCUUAGGCCACUACUAUGCAUAUCAGGCCAGCCUUUGAAAAUGGGUGGGGGUUCUUGGGAAGGGAGUCCCCAAUAGGGGCUUCUGCUGGGGAAUCUGAAUGUCUUGGGCAGGAGAAUCCCUGCAGAGGUUUCUGAGACUCCCUUGCCUUCUUCCUCCCUACCAGGAAGCUACUAUUUGCUCUAGCUUCUGCACUCCUCAGGAAGUUGAACCUGCAAACCUGGCUGAGACUGAACCUGCAAAUCUGGUCAGGAUGGAAGGAGGAAGAUGGACGGUUGACCUGGUCAGGCUGUCUCCCGCAUCCCUUCCCACAACCUCUGAGCAAUCCCUCCCAGGACCCUCGGAGAGAUCUGGUGAGGAAGAUGAGGAUCAGGAUUCUACGGAAUCAUCUGUGAAUUCAUUGGGAAGAACAAAGAAACAGUUUAAAUGCAGGGAAUGUGGAAUGUGCUUCAGUCGUAGUGGAACACUUCGAAGACAUCAACGAACUCACACAGGGGAGAAGCCGUUUAAAUGUAUUGAAUGUGGAAAGAGCUUCAGUUAUAGUGGAGGCCUUAAAACACAUCAACGAACUCACACCGGGGAGAAGCCGUUUAAAUGUAUUGAAUGUGGAAGGAACUUCAGUCAAAGUGGAAAUCUUGGAAUACACCAACGAACUCACACAGGGGAGAAGCCGUUUAAAUGUAUUGAAUGUGGAAAGAGCUUCAGUCAAAGUGAAACCCUUAAAAGACAUCAACGAACUCACACAGGGGAGAAGCCGUUUAAAUGUAUUGAAUGUGGAAAGAGCUUCAGUUAUAGUGAAGUCCUUAGGAUACACCAACGAACUCACACAGGGGAGAAACCAUUUAAAUGUAUUGAAUGUGGAAAGAGCUUCAGUCAAAAUAGAGACCUUAUAAUACAUCAACGAACUCACACAGGGGAGAAGCCGUUUAAAUGUAUUGAAUGUGGUAAGAGCUUCAGUUAUAGUGGAGUCCUUAGGAUACAUCAACGAACUCACACAGGGGAGAAGCCGUUUAAAUGUAUUGAAUGUGGAAAGAGCUUCAGUCAAAAUAGAGACCUUAUAAUGCAUCAACGAACUCACACAGGGGAGAAACCGUUUAAAUGUAUUGAAUGUGGAAAGAGCUUCGGUCGUAGUGAAGAGCUUAGAAUACACCAACGAACUCACACGGGGGAUAAACCGUUUAAAUGUAUUGAAUGUGGUAAGAGCUUCAGUUAUAGUGGAGGCCUUAGGAUACAUCAACAAACUCACACAGGGGAGAAGCCGUUUAAAUGUAUUGAAUGUGGAAAGAGCUUCAGUCAUAGUGGAGGCCUUAGAAGUCAUCAACGAACUCACACGGGGGAGAAACCGUUUAAAUGUAUUGAAUGUGGAAAGAGCUUCGGUCGUAGUCAAGACCUUAGAAUACAUCAACGAACUCACACGGGGGAGAAACCGUUUAAAUGUAUUGAAUGUGGUAAGAGCUUCAGUUACAGUGGAGGCCUUAGGAUACAUCAACGAACUCACACAGGGGAGAAGCUGUUUAAAUGUAUUGAAUGUGGAAAGAGCUUCAGUCGUAGUGGAGACCUUAGAAGACAUCAACGAACUCACACAGGGGAGAAGCCGUUUAAAUGUAUUGAAUGUGGAAAGAGCUUCAGUCAUAGUGCAGGCCUUAGAAGUCAUCAACGAACUCACACAGGGGAGAAGCCGUUUAAAUGUAUUGAAUGUGGAAAGAGCUUCAGUCAUAGUGGAGGCCUUAGAAGUCAUCAACAAACUCACACAGGGGAGAAGCUGUUUAAAUGUAUUGAAUGUGGAAAGAGCUUCAGUCGUAGUGGAGUCCUUAGAAGACAUCAACGAACUCACACAGGGGAGAAACCGUAUAAAUGUAUUGAAUGUGGAAAGAGCUUCAGUCAUAGUGGAGGCCUUAGAAGACAUCAACGAACUCACACAGGGGAGAAACCGUUUAAAUGUAUUGAAUGUGGAAAGAGCUUCAGUCAUAGUGGAGGCCUUAGAAGACAUCAACGAACUCACAUGGGGGAGAAUCCAUUUAUAACUCCCACAGGGAAAAAGCCACGGAUGUAGGGAAUGUGGAAAGAGCUUCAGAGGGAGUGGAGACCUUAAUAUUCAUGAACGUAUGUUAAUUGUAUGGUUGAAAAUAUUGUUAUGAAUAAAAUAAUCGUUAUUUUUUUAAAAUAUAUAUUCAUGAGUGAAUUUACACAGGUGAAAAGCCAUGGUUCACUCUUAAUUCACAUUAAGAAACUCAUAAAGGGGAAAGUUAAUUUCAAAUGCCUGGAACCCGUGUCAUGUUCUGGUGUUUGUAUUUAAAUUUGUAUACCUACAUAUAUGUAUUAAAGUAAUUAAGGCCACAUAUACUAAAUGUAGAAAAUAAGUUGCAAGUUGUUACUAGAUAAACAGGGGGAGAGUGAAUCUGGAAUGCUCAAGGUGUGCGAUGAAUCUGUUGAGUUUUGACCUCCGCUCUUCACUGCCAAAAUGAUGGGCUGCAAUGGUGGGGGAACAGUAAAUAACUGUCAGGGUGCUUAAAACUGCCAGGGCCAGGGCCUUUUCAACACUGGCUCCGGCCUCAUGGAACGCUCUGUCUCAUGAGACCAGGGCCCUGCGGGAUCUGAUUUCUUUCCGCAGGGUCUGUAAGACAGAGUCGUUCCGCCUGGCCUUUGGCUUGGAAUCAGCCUGAUCCCCACCCCCCUCUUUCCUUUUCCUUCUAUCAUGGAUCCCCUAUUUGGGGACUUCCCUGGUUUUUUUCUGGCCCACAUAGGACCAGUCUGGAUAGUUGGCCUUGGUGAAGAUUUGACCUUUUCUCCCCUCCAAACAGUUUUUGAUCUGGGCUUCUACUGAAAUGAGGCUGUAUUUUAAGUUGUACUUUGAUCCUAUUUGUAAAUUGUAUUUUAAUCCAUUGUUUUUAUACCUGAUGUUAGCCGCCCUGAGCCCGGUCUUCUCCGGGGAGGGCGGGGUAUAAAUAAAGUUUAUUAUUAUUAAAGAUUAUUAUUAUUAGGAGGCUGUUGUUUCAUGAGAGUGGGCGGGGGGAGGGGAGUCUUCGCGACCUGAUUCUUGAAUCAGGUAUUUAUCCAGUCAAAAGUUACAGCAUUACACAUUCUCUAAUAGAUACAAUAGAUUCUGCCUAGAGACAAGGCAUAAGAAUAAGAAUAAGAAUUUUUAUUUAUACCCCGCCUUCCCCAGUCAAAACCGGGCUCAGGGUGGCUAACACCAAUAAAAUUACAAUAAAACAUAAAAAGCAAUUAAUUAAAAUGCAGAUUAAAAUACAAUAUUAAAAUUUAAAAUGCAGCCUCAUUUUAAGUAGUCCGUAAAUCCAAGCCAUGAGGGAGGAAAACAUAGGGGUCAGACUUAAGUCCAGCCCAAAAGCCAGGCGGAACAGCUCUGUUUUGCAGGCCCUGCGGAAAGAUGACAAAUCCCGCAGGGCCCUGGUCUCCUGUGAAAGAGCGUUCCACCAGGUUGGGGCCAAUACUGGAAAGGCCCUGGCCCUAGUAGAGGCCAAUCUAGCCACCUUAUGGCUCGGGAUCUCCAGAAUAUUGUUGUUUGUGGACCUUAAGGUCCUCCGCGGGGCAUACCAGGAGAGGCGGUCCCGUAGGUACGAGGGUCGCAUGAGGAGUUGGACAUUACCCUUCCAUGUACUUAUUUGGUAAUCCUUAUCAGUCUAUCUCUGUGUUUCUCUCUGGGUAGUGGGUAUCUGAGUUCAUUUACUGGAUAUGGGGGCUUGGCCUAGAUCAACAAAAAUGGCUUUCUUGCUUAACAUUUUAACUCUCAGAAUGGCUUCCCUGAGCACAUUGGCACAGAAGAACUAGACUGAUUCUUGCAUAGCGAAAAAGGAAAAUGAAAACUUGUUCAGAUGAAUGAAGUUAAUCAAAUGUAAUACAGUGGUACCUCAAUUUAAGUACACAAUUGGUUCUGGAAGUCUGUACUUAACCUGAAGUGACACUUUCCCUUUGAAAGUAAUGGAAAGUGGAUUAAUCCGUUCCAGACAGGUCCACAGAGUACUUAAACUGAAAGUACUCAAACCAAAGCGUACUUAAACUGAGGUAUGACUGAGGUAUAGAUAUAGUAAAUGAGAAGAAUUGGAAGUUCUAUUCAAGGUUAUUUUUAGAAACAUUUCUAACUUUUUUCUUUUUUUCUUUUUCAUCUUCAGCGAGUUUAUAUUUCUAGGAACAUAAGUGAGAACAUGAUAUGAUAAAUGUAUGGGAGAAAUGUAUAAUGCUAUUGUAAUAGUGCUGUUGCGGCUACUCUUGAGUAAAGACGCCAAGUCCGCUCUGUCUUUAAGAGUUUUAUUGUGCAUAGUAUUUACAGUGCAGAGAUAGCAGAAAACACGACUUUUCAGUCACUCGCAGAAUCCGGGAGUGGAUGUUUCUUGUUGCAUGACCAGCCAUAAGAGUUUGGGCAGUUAUGUAUUUGGUUUUUAUUAUGUUCUUUUUUCUUUUUCCCUCUUCUUUAUUCCUAUGCCUAUGUAUGUUGUGUAUACAAUUUUUAAAA